CCAGAGCCGUAAAACAUACUAUUAAAAAAGCACUAUUCGACAUGACAGAUUAGAUUGCUGUCAACUGUCAUAAUAAAAAUGGCGAACGUUCCCUUCUUGGGUCUGAAAACUCAUUCACAAAAGGUUUGCAGCCUUUAUAAAAGAGUUUUGCGGAAUUUAGAGGCAUUCUAUGAUAGAAGAAAUGUCUACCGUUACCAAGCAGUGCUUAUGCGAGCACGCUUUGACAAGAAUGCUAAAGAGACAGACAUGCGAAAAGCAGUAGAACUACUAAGGCAGGGUGAAGAAGAGUUGUUCUCGCAAAUACACCCUCUACCCAAGAAGUUUGCCACAAGCCCUGGUGGUGUUGCUUAUGAACGUGUUGUCCAAUCACCUGACUGGGUGUUGGAUUAUUGGCAUCCUCUAGAGAAGGCUCAGUAUCCAGAAUAUUUCAAGAAACGGGAACAACGCAAGAAAGAGUUCAUGGCUAUGUGGGAAAAGGAAUAUGGUAAACCAGACCCAAAAGAUCAGCACCAUUGAAUACUGUUAUAAGAUAGAUUUGUUUAGUGAAUAAAAUUAAAUCAAAACUUUUAUAGA